CUGCUAAGUUUUAGACAAUAUGCGUGGAGAUCGUAAAUUACAACUGUAGUUAAAUAUGAGGUGACGUGGAGUAUUAUCAUCAGUUAACUAAUUGCACAUUCCAAUUUAUAGUGAAGUUUUAUGUAUCAAAAUGGCUGGUGCUCCAGUUAAAUUUGGGUCGAUUUUGUCGGUCUGUAUCGUGAUAUACUCAGUAUGUUAUCGCAAAAAUUUGACUGGGGACGAAAGGUUGGCUCCUGUGAAGGAACAUUUGUUGUCUUUGGAGCGUGAGAAUAGGGUUGCUUUGGGGGAACGGCAGCCGCGCGUGGCGCUAGGCUACGGCGCCUGUCACGACCUGUUCGUGAACGCCACGGCGCUGCUGGACCACCGCAUGCUUGCCGGUGAGCCAAGAAACUUCAACGAGAUCUCCAACAAAGACGAAUUUCUCAAAAGUUUCGCUUACUUCUUCAAACAUGGCGCGGCAGCUGAGCGUUUCAUGUCCAACAGCAAAUUAUAUGAAGAGUUAAUAAAGCAAGCACUGAAUCUGCCAGAUACGCGUUGGGCGAUAGGCGGCAACGCCCCGCUAAUGGCGCGUAGGUUCUUCCUCGAAGGCUGUAGGGUCCUUCUUGCUGCCAAGAUGAGUGCCACACUGAAGAAAUAUAUUCCAGAAGGAAUCAAAGUAGUUGGUGCAUUGGACAAUGAGCAAAUCAAGGAUGACAUUCACAUGAUCCUUGAAUACAAAGCUGAUGAAGAAUUUGGCAUAUAUUCAGCACCCCGAGCUAACAGAUACAUAAUACACAAUGAUGAGAACAAUCCACUGCUAAGCUCCUUAGAGGUGUUCAAGGAGAACUUGCCCAGUUUUGGUGCUAAUUUGCUAGUCAUUGGUGGGCUGCAGAUGAUGGAUAAUUUCCCUGUUAAAAGCAAUGGAAUAGACCUGCGAGAACAGAGGCUAGAACUUGUCAAGGAGCAAAUAACUACACAACCCCCAGAAGUUUUGAUUCACUUCGAGAUGGCCAGCUAUGUAGACCUUACACUGCUGAACCACUUGACCAGGUUGGUCCUGCCUUUUGUUGACUCUAUUGGUAUGAAUGAACAGGAACUGUCAAACCUGUUAAAUAUCCUGGAACAUGGACAAGUGUCAGUGGUGGCAGACUCAAAUCCCAGAAUAGCCACAGCAUUAGAUCAGAUGAGGAAAAUUUUUGUUCUCAUAAGGGGCCAAAAUGAAAAAGAAGGAAGCACAAGGAAAUUGUCAAGAAUUCAUGUGCACACAUUAGCAUAUCAGGCUAUCUUGACCACCAGAAGGUCUAAAUGGAAGAGGACAGAAGCUGCAGCUGCCAAAGCUGCUUUGACUGCGCAUAGAUAUGUGUGCAACAAUGAUAAUAUAGCCUUGGACAAAUGUAAACUUUUGUUAGAUGAUAGUUUUGCUACAACUACUGAAGAGAGUAGUGAUAAUAAUAAAAGAGUAUUUUUUGAACCCAAUAAGCCCGUGUCCUGCUGGGAGGAGAACUUAGGUGGGGAGAGUGUGGACAUUUGUGUGGCACCUGUGCUCAUCUGUACGGAGGCACAGUUGACUGCUGGAGCAGGGGACAAUAUCUCAGCAGCAGGUCUGGUUCUGCAGGUCGAGAGAUCAAUCUAAGUCAUUAUUGUAUUAUCUUGGUAUUUAAAGUAAUCAUCUUAUGACUUUCUAUACACUCAUUCCAUUUAAUAAUUUAUAAAUUUAUGAUUAAGUUUUACAUACUACUGUAAUGUUUAUAUUGUGCCAUUCCAUCGACAUUAGUCUAUAAAUUU